CUGUUCUAUAAGUAACCAUCCUUCCCCUCACUUCAACACUUAAUCAAACUCCCUCACAUCGCCUUUCUUUGUCAAUUCCUCAAACAUCUUCCGGUCAUUAACACCCAACCCAAAAUGUCACUUCAUUCCUGGGUUUCAGAACACAAGCUCGCUUCCAUCGGGGCAGUAUGGGCGACAGGAAUAGGUGCAUCCUUCCUGGCUAAUUCACGCAAAGCCUCUGCCAUGAAACCCAGUCUGAGACUCAUUCACGCCAGGAUGCAUGCUCAGGCGUUAACACUGGCGGUGCUGUCUGGUGCUGCUGCUUAUCACUACUUUGAGAAGCGUCGUCUUUCUGAUUCUGAGGCCCCCAAACCACAGGUGGACACUGCCCAUGCUGAUAUAAGAAGGCUUGUUGAAUGGGAGCUCCUAUCUCCUUUCUAAUUCACUGGCCGCCUGAUACAAGAUUAUUGUCUAAGUAGUUUCCCAACUGAUUUAUUAUCGUUGUUGCCUUUUAUCUUGUAAUAAAGUUAUCAGUCUCUUUGGAGUUUGGAUAUGUUGUGAGAACCCACUUUUUAAUGUAGAUACAAUCUUCUCACAA